AUGAGUGAAUGCCAUAACUCCACAGAUCGAAUCAAAGUCAGAGUGUGGGAUGAAGAUGAUGACAUUAAAUCCAGAGUCAAGCAACAUUUCAAAAAGGAAUCAGAUGAUUUUCUAGGACAAACAAUUGUAGAAGUCAGAACCCUGAGUGGAGAAAUGGAUGUCUGGUACAAUUUAGAGAAACGGACAGAUAAGUCAGCUGUAUCUGGGGCCAUUCGAUUGAAAAUCAAUGUGGAAAUAAAAGGAGAGGAGAAAGUUGCUCCAUACCAUAUACAAUAUACAUGUUUACAUGAGAAUCUUUUCCAUUACUUGACUGAAGUGAAAUCUAAUGGCGGAGUGAAAAUCCCAGAGGUCAAAGGGGAUGAAGCCUGGAAGGUUUUCUUUGAUGAUGCUUCCCAAGAAAUAGUUGAUGAAUUUGCCAUGCGUUACGGGAUUGAAUCCAUUUAUCAAGCUAUGACACACUUUUCAUGCCUGUCUUCUAAAUACAUGUGCCCUGGUGUCCCUGCUGUCAUGAGCACUUUGCUGGCUAAUAUAAAUGCUUUUUAUGCCCAUACCACAGUUUCAACAAAUGUACAGGUUUCUGCCUCUGAUCGGUUUGCUGCAACCAACUUUGGUAGGGAAAAAUUUAUAAAACUACUGGACCAGUUGCAUAACUCUUUAAGGAUUGACCUGUCAAAAUAUAGAGAAAAUUUUCCUGCCAGCAAUAGUGAGCGACUGCAAGACCUCAAGUCAACUGUUGACCUGCUAACAAGCAUCACCUUUUUUAGGCUGAAGGUUCUAGAGCUGCAGAGUCCCCCAAAGGCCAGCAUGGUGGUGAAAGACUGUGUCAGGGCGUGCCUGGAUUCUACAUACAAGUACAUCUUCGACAAUUGCCAUGAACUCUAUUCCCAGCUAAUAGACCCGGUAAGAAAAGAUUUUGUCAACUGCACCACAGAUGCUCUAAUUUGA